AUGCUUUGGCCCCGCUCCGGUAGACUUGGAGGCGGCACCGUGUUUUGUUUCCUUGUGACCGCUGUUGGGUUGUAUACCAUCAAGAUCCAGUCGUUGUUUCCUGUCGUGGCGAGCUAUGCCAUCGUCCCAGCAGCCUUCGCCUGGCCAGGCAAAGCACACGGCCACAACAAAGGCGACGACCUCCGCAUGAAUCAAAUCCAAGUCGUCGGCACCCAUAACAGCUACCACCGCGAGAUAAACCAAACGACCGAACGCAAAGUCUUCGAACAAUAUGUCCCAUCUCCGGUGAACUACUACUACUCCCACAGCAAAUGGUCCGACCAGCUGGAUCACCAACAAGUCCGAUCUUUCGAGAUCGACUUACACUCCGACACCAAGGGAGGUCUUUACAGCUUUCCCUUAAUAUGGAAGCUGAGCAACUUGACGAACGAAACUGCCCCAUGGCAUGAUCCCAAUAUGACCAAGCCGGGCUUGAAGGUCUUUCACAUUACAGACGUGGACACGAAUGCCAUCUGCCAUACGUUCGUGGAAUGCCUCCAACAACUGAAGAAAUGGUCGGAUGCGCAUCCCAAGCAUUUACCACUGACAUUCGACCUCGAGCUGAAGAACGAUGCAAUGGCGUGUCCUCUUGGCGGCGUAUGUGCAGAGGAAGCGAAGAAUUGGACUCUGGCGCAGAUCCUCAAUGUCGAUAAGGAGAUCCACUCAGUCCUGCCCUCCAACAGACUUAUCACACCCGACGACGUUCGCAAACCUGGCCUUGCACUCGAGCAAUCCGUCCUGCAGCACGGUUGGCCCAAAUUGAAGGACGCUCGAGGCAAAUUCAUGUUCUACUUCGACAACGAUGUGACCACUCCAUAUCGUGGUCUGUACACAGCCGACGGCCAUGAGAGUCUUCAAAACAGGACUGUUUUUACAAACGCAGUCGAAGGCGACCCCGAUUGCGCAUUCAUCAAGUAUAACAAUCCUGAAGUCAAAGAAAUCCAGCGCCUGGUGAAGAAGGGUUACUUUGUUAGGACGCGAGCGGAUGAGCCGAUCGUGACGAUUCUGGCGAGGAAUACGACGAUGAGGGAGAAUGCCUUCGAAAGUGCUGCGCAGGUCGUCAGCACCGAUUUUCCAGCCUACGGCAUGAGUGCGAGGUGGGAUCGUGAUUAUGCUGUGCAAUUGGACGACAGGAAGGUUGCGAGAUGUAAUCCUGUAACGGCACCGAAGUGGUGUAGGGAUAGUAUGUUGCAGGGUGUUAAGGCAAGGACCAAGGAGUUGUAG